AUGUUGCAGGGGAGAAAUUUGGAACACUUAAAGAUCCCAUUGAUUGACAUAGUGUCAGCCACCGAGAAUUUUGCUAAAACAUACAUCAUUGGGACAGGGUCAUAUGGUGAGGUGUACAAAGCAGAGCUUGACCAUUUUGAUAACGAAAAUGUCUUGUUGUCAGAACAUAAUAAUAAAGAAGGAAUUCCCAAGAAACACAGUACUGUAGCUAUAAAACGCAUACUGAAAAGAGAAGACAUGCAAGGAGAAGAAGGAUUCCUUCGAGAAAUUGAAAUGCUUACUAGUUGUAAACAUCCUAACAUAGUCACUCUUCUUGGAUUUUGUGAUGAAGAUGGUCAUAUGAUACUUGUUUAUGAGCAUGCUUUUAAUGGAAGCCUCGAUGAUUAUUUGGGAAGAACCGGUAACUUGAAUAAUCUUACAUGGGUGCAACGUAUAAAGAUUUGCAUUGAUAUUGCAUGCGGAUUGAAUUAUCUUCACACUGAGAUAGAGGACGAACGAAGGAUAAUACACCGCGACAUAAAAAGUGGUAAUAUUUUAUUAGGUGAGAACUGGGAGGCGAAGAUUGCUGAUUUUGGGCUUUCCAAAUUUCGUCCGGAGAGUCGACAACUGAACACUCUUUACACCCAAACUAUUGCAGGCACGCAAGUAUAUUUGGAUCCAGAAUAUGAUUACACGGGUAAGUUGAAAAAUGAAACAGAUAUUUACUCAUUUGGAGUCGUUUUGUUUGAGAUUAUGUCUGGGAGGCUUGCAAAUGAUCCAAUUUAUACCAAGGAAAAUAGCAAUGGGAUUGCACCGGUGGCAAGACGACGUUUCAGUGAGGGAACAAUGAAGGAAAUGGUAGAUUCUAGGUUAAUGGAAGAAACACACGACACCAUUUUCACUUUGAAUAGAGGACCCGACCAAGAUUCCUUGGAUAUAUUUUCAAAAAUUGCAUAUCAAUGUGUGGCAACAACUCAAGCUGAGCGUCCUACAGUCGAAGUCAUCAUCAAGAAACUUGAGGAAGCGUUAUCUUCUCAAGAACACCCCAAGGACAACCUCAAAUUUUCACUUGAGGACAUAGAAUUGGCGACAGGAAACUUCAGCGACAACAAUCUCAUUGGAAGGGGAGGACAUGCAGAGGUAUACAGAGGAGAUGUUACACAAGGUAAUGUGCGUAAGACGAUUGCUGCAAGAAGAUAUGGCAAGAGUAAUGGAGAUGAGGGGGAACGAAGAUUUUUGAUGGAGCUUCAAAUUCUUUUGGAGUAUAAACAUGAGAAUAUCAUCGGUCUUGUAGGAUAUUGCAACGAAAUGGAUGAAAAAAUCAUUGUUUAUGAAUACGCGCCUAGAGGAAGUCUUGAUAUGCAUUUGAAUGACCUUGAUCUUACGUGGAUGAAACGGCUUGAGAUAUGCAUUGAUAUUGCAAGUGGGUUGGACUUUCUUCAUGGAGGUGCGGGAACACAAGAGGUGGUGAUGCAUAGAGACAUCAAAAGUUUUAACAUUCUACUAAAUGAUGAUUGGAAAGCAAAGAUCAGUGAUUUUGGGAUUUCGUCAACAAGUCCUAUAAAUAAGGAUAUGGACUUUGUCAUUAAUAAUGCUUAUGGCACACUCGGCUAUAUUGACCCACUAUACAUGGACUUGGGUUUCUUAACCGAAGAAUCUGACAUAUACUCGUUGGGUGUUGUUUUAUACGAGAUUGUGUCUGGCAGAUUGAUCUUUGAAUACAUAAAUGAUGAACUUCAAAUUCUAACUGAUUUGUAUAAACGUCGUUAUGAAGAAGGAAAUUUUGAUGAGAUGGUGUUUGAUGGUAUAAAGGAACAAAUUGCCCCAAAAUCAUUGACUACGUUUCUAAAAAUGACCUACGAAUGCUUAAAUGAUGAAAGAGAAAAACGUCCUACAACAGGAGAGGUGUUACUUCGACUUAAGCAAGCAUUGGAAAUCCAGGAGGAUUAUGAAAUAUGGGAGCCUAAAUUGCCAAAUGACUAUGAAGAAGUAUUAAAGAUGUCAAUUUUUUGUGACAUCUACUCUACUAAUAAGAAAAAGGAUCUCUACAACAUGCUUUCCAAAGGAAUCCUCCUUCAAGAGGGAAAAGUGAUGUUUUCACUAGCCGAAAAUGGAGAAAGAAAUGUAAUGAUAUCAGCAAAAAAAAUUUCCUACAUAAACCGUUGUCUACAUAGAUGGCGAUCUGUUCCAAAAUCAAGGUUUAAGGUAGUAGCAGAGAUGUUAGAUAUUUUGAAUUUAAAGAUGAAAAUCAAGACAAAAAGUACCAUAUAUGUUGAAGGCAUUGAGUUUCGAGCCAUUGACAAUGUGAAACAUGAAGAAAUAAAGGAAUCGAAGGAAGUCCAACAUGUAUUGAAACCAGACUCAAACAUGGAUCUCAUGCAACAAUUGCCAACUAAUCCUGAAGAAAUAUUUAAAAGAUCUGAAAACGAUGAUAACUGUGAAAAGUUGUUCUUGCUCAACGAAGUGAACGGAAAGAAACAUCUUAUGCUUUCCGCAAAUGCGGUUGUUUACAACUCUUCUGAUGUGAAGCUUUUCAAAACAAAACCAUCGAUUCAAACCAGAUUUGCAGAGGUGAUUGAGCUUCUACCACAACAAGUAUUCCGUAUAAAUUGCACCAUUAAAAGUCAAAUGUUAUCACAAGAUACAGAGUAUGCAUGUUACCUUGUCUACAAGCUUUCCGAGAAAUGCCAUGGACUGCAUUGCCCUGUGAAAGUUCGAGAUCUACUCCACAGGAACAACAAGGAGGUUGGAAUUGUUUAUUUUAGAUCCCCAAGCCCAUGGAAUUUACAUGAAUCUAAUCAUGCUCCCGAACAAAGAGCAGAUGGAUUGAUGGAGGUUAAGAUCUGGAAAUUCAACUUAAAUCAUGAAGUUACAAAAAAUGAUCGUUUUCGUGUGAAUUUGAAGUUAAUUAGUUAUGAAGGAACUUUGUCUGGUUUUAUUGUAUGUGGCCUUGAGUUUCGGCCCAAUGUAAUGUGUGAAGUUGUUUGUUAAAUCAGUUGUAUAUAUAUUAUUUUUAUAAAAUUGAAUUAGUCAAUUGAUAAU